UCUAGUACACAGUUUUAUACUCCUUCUCCCUGCUCUCUCUCUCUCCUCUCUCCCCCACUUUCUCUCUCUACAAUGGCUUCUUUCUUCCGAGACAGAACCCUCGGCCAAUCCAAGAGAGAGAGCAUGCCCGGAACAACCAGCUCCCGCUUCAGCCUCACUACAGCCGCCGCCGCCGUUACCGCCGCCACCCCCUCUCUUCCCUCCCCAUUCGGCGACCUCACUCCCACUCUCUCCGCCACCGACCUCCGCGACACCGCCUACGAGAUCUUCGUCGCCGCCUGCCGCACCUCCACCGGGAAGCCUCUCACCUACAUUCCUACCAAUUCCUUCAAUUCCGACCGAUCCCCGUCCCCCUCGCCGUCGUCGCUGUCCAGCUCGCCGUCAAUGCAGCGAUCCAUCACUUCCACUGCCGCUUCCAAGGUCAAGAAGGCGUUAGGGCUCCGAUCCACUUCCAAUUCGGGCUCCGCUUCGAAGAGGAGUGAGGGGAGUCCGUCGUCGGGCGGGAAGGUGAAGAAGCCGAUGACAAUUGGGGAGCUCAUGAGGGUUCAGAUGAGGGUUUCGGAGACUACGGACUCGAGGAUUCGGAGGGCUCUACUGAGGAUUGCGGCUGGACAGGUUGGAAGGCGAAUUGAGUCAAUGGUUCUUCCAUUAGAGUUAUUACAGCAGUUCAAAUCUUCAGAUUUUACUGAUCAAGAAGAAUAUGAAACAUGGCAAAAGAGAAACCUAAAAGUUCUUGAGGCUGGUCUCCUUUUACAUCCUUUAUUGCCGACAGAUAAGUCCAACCCUACUUGUCAACGGCUGCGGCAAAUUAUUCAUGUGGCUUUAGAUAGACCUAUCGAGACUGGGAGGAAUAAUGAGUCAAUGCAAGUCCUACGAAGUGCCGUAAUGUCUCUUGCUUGCAAAUCAUUUGAUGGGUCUCUUGAUUCAUGCCACUGGGCAGACGGGAUUCCACUGAAUCUCCGACUCUAUGAAGUGCUUCUAGAAGCCUGCUUUGAUGCUAAUGAUACAAUAUCUAUUAUAGAGGAAGUUGAUGAACUUAUGGAACUCAUAAAGAAGACCUGGGGAAUUCUUGGAAUUAACCAAAUGCUUCAUAAUCUUUGCUUUUCAUGGGUUUUGUUUAACCGUUUUGUCUCAACCGGUCAAGUUGAAAAGGACCUGCUCUUUGCUGCCGAUAGUCAAUUGGCAGAAGUGGCUAAAGAUGCAAAGACAACGAAGGAUUCAAAUUACUCCAAAAUCUUGAGUUCCACAUUGACUUCGAUAUUGGGUUGGGCAGAGAAAAGACUACUAGCAUAUCAUGACACUUUUGACAGUGGAAAUAUUGAUUCCAUGGAAGGCAUCGUUUCUCUGGGAGUAUCAUCAGCCAAGAUCUUAGUUGAAGAUAUAUCUAAUGAGUAUCGAAGGAAAAGAAAAGGUGAAGUUGAUGUGGCUCGCAGCAGGAUUGACACUUACAUCAGAUCAUCACUUCGCACUGCUUUUGCCCAGAUAAUGGAAAAGGCAGAUUCAAGCAGGAGAGCAUCCAGAAACCAGCCAAAUCCUCUUCCUGUUCUUGCCAUCCUUGCAAAAGAUGUAGGCGAGUUGGCAGCUAAUGAGAAGGAGGUAUUCAGUCCUAUACUGAAAGGAUGGCAUCCUUUCUCUGCAGGUGUGGCUGUUGCCACCCUUCAUGCUUGCUACGGGAAUGAGCUUAAGCAAUUCGUUUUGGGGAUAACGGAGUUGACACCGGAUGUGGUUCAAGUAUUGAGAGCUGCAGAUAAGUUGGAGAAAGAUCUUGUGCAGAUAGCUGUUGAAGAUUCUGUGGACAGUGAUGAUGGUGGUAAAGCAAUAAUUCGUGAGAUGCCUCCUUAUGAAGCUGAAGCUACAAUAGCCAGUCUGGUUAAUGUGUGGAUUAAGGUGAGAGUUGACAGACUGAAGGAAUGGGUUGACAGGAGUCUACAGCAAGAGGUAUGGAAUCCACGAGCAAAUCAAGAUGGAUUUGCUCCAUCUGCAGUUGAAGUCCUGCAAAUUAUAGAUGAAACUUUGGAUGCAUUUUUCCAACUGCCAAUACCAAUGCAUCCAGCAUUGCUUCCUGACCUGAUGGUUGGCCUUGACAGAUGUCUCCAGUAUUACAUAAGCAAGGCAAAAUCUGGCUGCGGAUCAAGGAACACCUUUGUUCCCACUAUGCCAGCAUUAACCAGAUGUACCACAGAAACAAAAUUAUGGAAGAAGAAAGAGAAGUCACAAAACUCUCAGCGGAGGAAUUCUCAGGUUGCAACAAUGAAUGGAGGGAACUCCUUUGGAGUACCACAGCUAUGUGCUCGUAUAAACACUUUGCAACGAAUUCGGACAGAAUUAGAGGUUGUGGAGAAGAGAAUGAUCACCCAUUUGCGGAACUGUGAAUCGGCUCAUGCAGAAGACUUCUCAAAUGGGCUGGGGAAAAAGUUUGAGCUGACACCAACUGCUUGUGUGGAAGGGAUUCAGCAACUUUCUGAGGCAGUUGGUUACAAAAUCAUUUUCCAUGAUCUGAGUCACGUUCUAUGGGAUGGUCUGUAUGUGGGAGAACCAUCAUCUUCUAGGAUAGAGCCUUUCCUUCAAGAGCUCGAGCAGAACUUGACAACCAUAUCAGACACUUUACAUGAAAGAGUACGUACAAGGGUUAUUGCUGACAUAAUGAGAGCUUCGUUGGAUGGGUUCUUGCUGGUUUUGCUGGCUGGUGGUCCCUUUCGUGCUUUUAGCCGUCAAGACUCUCAAAUUAUAGAGGAGGAUUACAAGAACCUUAAAGAUCUAUUCUGGGCAAAUGGGGACGGAUUGCCUACUGAAUUGAUCACUAAGCUUUCAACUACAGUGAAUAAUGUCCUUCCUCUUUUCCGGACAGAUACAGUGGGCCUCGUUGAACGAUUCAGACGCUUGACUUUGGAAACAUAUGGCUCUUCAGCCAGAUCAAGACUUCCAUUACCUCCAACCUCGGGGCAGUGGAACCCAACUGAGCCAAACACGCUCCUGCGUGUUCUGUGUUACCGGAAUGAUGAAGCAGCUUCAAAGUUUCUUAAGAAGACCUACAACUUGCCUAAGAAACUGUGAUAAAACUUGAUAGCAUGGUGCGCUGCAACUAAGGCAACUUGUAUGAGAAUCGAUUUGGCAGAACGACAUUCUGUGCAGUUCUGCUUGUAUUUAAUGCAUUUAUCGGGUAUGCUCCUCGUGCCAUGCUUGGCUUGGGGCCUUGGAACAACGGGUGCCUUUGGAAGUGGCAUAUUCUUGUAUAUUUUGGAGUCAAGACUGCCGUUUGGAUCACUAGGGGGGGUUUCCAAAGGCUUGCUUGUGGAAAGGUUGGUGGAGAUUCAUUAUUAUUCAUUUUCUAUAUUUUAUUAGAUCCUUUUAAUGCUAUUGUUUAUUUAUUUUUCACUAGAUAAAUCAUCUAAGAGUCCUCUUCCUCUAUGCGUUUCAUUUUUUUUUUCUUCCUUUUCCCGUUUGGAUGUAUUAGGUUAUAUUUGUAUUCCUAUAAAACAUAGGCAUUCUGUUGAUUUGUAAGUAUUUGUUAUCAGCAUGCCUUGUAAGGCUGUCCUUUA